AAUACAUGAAUGACACUGUUUACGAUAGGGAUGUGAUGAUAGUAUUCCACAUGUUAUAGUGUUAGCAAAAUCUUAUAUGACUUCAUUGAUUCAUUUAUUGGAAAUUAAGAUUUAAGUGGAUUACAGUUGUAAUCCUAAUUUCACUUGAUUAAGUGUCAAUUGCUUAUAGCUUUACUGGUAUAGCGAUAUUAAUUUUGAUGUAAGUAAAUCACAAGUGUUUUAAUAAACUUAAUUGGAGAUCAUUAGAAAUACAGCCCUAUCAUGUCAUCCAGUUAAAAAGGAAAAGUAAAGAUUAUACACAUUCAUGUGACAUUUCAACAAUUCAGUUGUUGUUAAUGACACUUUCAUAACUUUCUUGUUUUACUGUGGAUAUAUUUAAAUGAAGAUAAUGAUGUGGUAGUUAAAAUUUACUUCAAUUGUGCAAUAAGAGACUUUAAACAUGCAGUCAGUGAGACUCAGACUAGGAAGUGGUUAGCAUGACGUAGUGUGACGAUGGGUUCUUGUCUCAGCCUUGACCAGGAGGAACUGAAGGCGCGAGCCCGCAGUGAUGACAUUGACAGACAGAUCCACACCUGGGCAAAACAGGAAGAGAAUGUUGUCAAGAUUCUGCUGCUGGGGGCGGCAGAGAGUGGGAAGAGCACGCUGGUCAAGCAGAUGAAGAUUAUCCACAACGAUGGCUUCACCUUCGAUGAACUGCUCUCUUUCAAGCCGGCAGUGUUGGACAAUCUAGUCAGCUCCAUGAAGUAUGUUCUUACUGGUAUGGGCCUUCUACGAGUCAACCUGGAAAACCCAAAGAACAGGGUUCAUGCUCAGGUGAUUCUAACGUGUGACAGCAGUUUUGACCACAACAAAAACAUGCUGCGCGAUGUGAGCCACGCCCUCAAGAGUCUCUGGCAUGACAAGGGUGUCAGGACAGCCGUUGCUAGGGGCUACGAGUAUGAGCUCAAUGAUUCAGCUAUAUAUUACUUUGAGAACAUGGAGCGUAUCUGUUCGUAUAAGUUUGUCCCGACUGCGCGGGAUGUGUUGAGGGCACGAGUCCGGACCACAGGCGUUAUAGAAACAUGCUUCCAGAUGAAGGGAUGCCUUAUCAGAAUGUUUGAUGUCGGUGGUCAGAGGUCGGAGCGUCGGAAGUGGAUCACAUGUUUCGACGACGUCAAAUCCGUCCUGUACGUUUGCGCUCUCAGCGCGUAUGACAUGUGUCUGUUGGAGGAUUCUAAUGUGAAUCGUCUCCAAGAGAGUUUGAAACUUUUCCGGGGUAUUUGCAAUAAUCGUUUCUUCUAUAAAUCAUCCAUGAUCCUGUUCCUAAACAAGGUGGACCUGUUUCAGGACAAAAUUCGCUUCUCUGGCCGACAUCUACGAUACUUCUUCCCGGAUUUCAAGGGUGCGGACAAGGAUGUGGACAGCGCCGCCCGCUACAUCCAGCAGCUGUUCCAGCAGCAGAGUUCCCUCCCUGGUAAGGUGAUCUACCCACACUUCACCACAGCAACCGACACCUCCAACAUACAGGUUGUCUUCCAGGUUGUCAUGGAUACCAUUCUCAGAGAAAACCUAAGAACGGCCUCUAUAUUAUGAGAAAACUUUGGGUUGUGAGGAGAAACUAUUUUAUGCUGAGAGAAUCCACACAGUUUGGCAAUUCUAUGACGUUAUGAUCUGUGGAACUUUACGUAUAUCAUUUCGUGACAACAAUCAUGGUGCAGUCAAAAUUUUGUUGAUUUGAAUGUGAGUUUAAACGGAUUAGUGGAAACAUUGGUUGUGGAAUAGUGAAAUGGAUCAAGAAUGAUAGUGCUAUAAUUAUAUGGUUAGUGGUUAGUGGUUUAAUUGGACUAUUAGACAUAUAGAAUGAUAGUGCUAUAAUUAUAUGGUUAGUGGUUUAAUUGGACUAUUAGACAUAUAGAAUGAUAGUGCUAUAAUUAUAUGGUUAGUGGUUUAAUUGGACUAUUAGACAUAUAGAAUGAUAGUGCUAUAAUUAUAUGGUUAGUGGUUUAAUUGGACUAUUAGACAUAUUGAAGACAUAUUUGUCUAAUUAAUGAAUGUGUUCUCGAAAAAUGCAAUUUACAUUUAUGUGUUCCAACUGUUGAAUUAUUUCCUAGUUAAUUGAAAUAUAUAUCAAAUCAUUUGGACCAUCUGUGCUUAAUUUACUGCAAAUCUUCUGUCUGUCUGAUUAAAAUUUUGACAGGAUCCUCAAGACAACCAAUAAAAGUUAAGUUGCAUUUGGAACUUCAAAUUGUUUCAAUUUCAUGGGCUGCAUUAGGAGAAGCAUUUAGUAAUUUAUGGCAAACAAAACGAUAUGUCUUUAAAAUAUUUCCCUGAAUGCAGUCCAAAUGCAUUUGGCAUGUCAAUUGCAUAACUUAUAAAUAAUGUGUUAUAUUAUAGCAACAAAUGUGAUAAAAAGGCACAAUUAUAUAAUGGAGUUAAAUUUUACAACUUGAAAAUUAUUAACAAUAUCUGCUGUAAUAUCAACCCACUUGUGUACCAAUAUAUGCCAAACUCUGAUUGUUUAAUUGUAUUAUGGGAAGAUGCAAUCCUGCAUGUUACUGUGUUUUCAUUUCUUUCAAAAUCAUUUGUUGCAAUUUUAAAACCAUUUAAUAUUUAGUUUUGUUUGUUUUGUUUCAUUCACCAUUUGGACAGUGUGUAGGUAUUUGUAGGUAUCUCUUUUACACAGUAGGUUUUUGUAUGCCUCUGCUUGUGGCGUACCUAGGCAUACUCCAGUAUGCCCGGUCGUACAAAUGAACUUAGGUUCCCGCUUAAUGGCAAGUGCUUAAACUCAACAUCCAGAAGCUAAAGGGGUAUAACUUUUCACUGGUUUAAGUUUGUUGUAAUAUGAUUCUACCCCUCCUACACCCACCCCAUAAAACAUCUUCCUAUCAAAAUAGAGAAAGACCUUCAUAUGCUUACAUGUACGGGUGUACAGUUCAAAAUGCUUCAGGUUAUGUUGGCUGAUCCAAAAAUGUUGGUACUGUUCAGGAGGUCAUACUGACUGACCCCAUAAUGUUGGUAGUGUUUGGGAGGUCAUGCUGGCUGACCCCAUAAUGUUGGUAGUGUUUGGGAGGUCAUGCUGGCUGACCCCAUAAUGUUGGUAGUGUUGAGGAGGUCAUGCUGGCUGACCCCAUAAUGUUGAUGGUGUUUUGGAGGUCAUGCUGGCUGACCCCAUGAUGUUGGUACUGUUCAGGAGGUCAUGCUGGCUGACCCCAUAAUGUUGGUAGUGUUUGGGAGGUGAUGCUGGCUGACCCCAUAAUGUUGGUAGUGGUUUGGAGGUCAUGCUGGCUGACCCCAUAAUGUUGGUAGAGGUUUGGAGGUCAUGGUGGCUGACCCCAUAAUGUUGGUAGUGUUUGGGAGGUCAUGCUGAACAUGCUUUAUACAUUUUUUACAGGUUAUUACAGAUAAUACUUUUGCUCUUUAUACCAACUGAACUACUGGCAUAAGGUUCUAAAUUCACUACUUAAACUCUUUCAAGGUAAAAAUGGCUUGAUUCUAAUAUUAAUUUUGUGUGUUUUUUUUACAUUUUCUUACCUUAUAAUGAAAAAUAUAUGGGGGCAUCUAAAAUUCUCAUAUUCCAAUGUCAGAUUCCUUAAAAAAUAAUUCAGGGGUGGAACUGUUAAAAUAAAAGAAAUAUGCUUAGUUUAAUUCCAAUGUUCUUAUUGUCUGUUAAAUACAAUGUAUGAUAACUUUUUUAAAGUCUUUACAGAUAAUGGUAUCAUUCCUUUUAGGAAAAUAAAUACAUUGAAUGUUUUAGAUAGUUAAAAUAAUAGUCCUAACUCAUUGUGUUUGUGUUUUGCCUGUAAAUAGUUGUGGUUAUAUACAUACAAUGUAUAAUGGUUUGUUUGUAAAUAUUAUACUGCAUUUACAUUUAAAAUGCUUUAUAUGCUGCUUCCUGAUUUGAUCUCACACAUUCUCACUUCCAUCUUGUCAUUUGUGUGGGCUUAGCCAAAUGUGUUUGAACAUUAUAUUAUACACAUGUACAUGUUUUAAAAAGCUUUGUAUACAAUAAAUAUUUUUCUACAUUGUUUUCUAGAUAAAUUCUUUCAAUAUCCAUUCCUAUUAUUUCAAGUGUUUUUACCGUGUUAUAUGUGUGUAUAAAACUAUUUUGUAAUUUACAUUUGAAAUUUUAUAAGAUUAAAUACAAUCUUGUUAACAUUAAGAGAGUUGACACUUGUUAUGUAUAUAUUAGAUAUGUGCUUUUUUCCUUUGUUUGUCUACAAACAGUUAUUUUUUAAGAUUUAUAUAAAUAAGGCUGCCUUUAAACAAAUGUCUCAGGCUGCAUUUACCCCAAACAACCAUUAGAGUAUUCGAGUAGGUAAACCGUUUAUUGUCCAGAAAUCACUGUCAAAAUAUCCCUAUUUACUGACUCACUAAAAGUAUGGGGUAGGGUCAUAAUUUACAAACAUUUGUGUAAGGAUGGUCUAAAGUUAAACGGAUGUACCUACGUUAGUGUAUGUUUCUGAUGCCCUUGGCAAUAGUGGGAGAAUACACUGAUUGAUUGUUAAUUCUGCAAUCUGCAAAUGCAAUUAUCUGUAUCUAUUCUUAAUUAACAGAGCAUCCUGCUAUACGGAAUACAGGAAUUCACUUCCAAUUAAUUAUCGUUUUUGAUAAACUCCAGAAUCACUGCACGCCAUGUGUUAUGCAUUAUUGUGAGGUUUGAUUGUUUUCAUUUUUCAUUAUACAUUUUGUUCAUUAUCACUGAUUUGAUUGUUAAGUUAUUGAACUGUUUCUGCCAGUUGUUGGCGAUGUUUGGUGAUAUCUUGCAGACGAUGAAGAAAUAUUUUGAUAAAAAAUGUUACAAAAGGAAUAAUAAAAUGCUUAAACACUGA